AUGACUACAAAUACAGAUGUCUAUGACGAUUUAUUUUUAUAUACGACCAACGAAAAGUUUUACGUUGAAGCUGUAACUGCGAAAGUACUACUAAUAGUUGAUAGAGUAAAUCAACAUAUAUUUACUCAAGUUGGUACAGCUAAUCAGAUUUCACAGACAGCUAUUAGACGAAAAAUAUGGGGUAUUGUAGGGACAAUAAAAUUAUUAUCAUGCCGAUACUUAAUAGUUAUUACUGAUGCCAAAAGAAUUGGAACUAUAGCAGGCCAACAGAUAUUUCAGAUGACUGCGACGGAUGUAAUACCAUACUCGAAAUCAGAUUUGCAUUUAACCGAUAAACAAAUUGAAAACAAUACAACAUAUUUAGAAAUGAUUAAAUCUGUUCUAAAUACUCCAUAUUUUUACUUUAGUUACACGUAUGACCUUAGUCAUACGAUGCAAAGAUUACACAAUACGACUCCAGAAUUUCUCCAGGUUUAUAAACUUAUGCCACUACAUGAUCGAGCUGACUCUCGUUUUAUAUGGAACGCAUAUCUAUUACAAGAUUUAUCAUCCAGAUCAGAACAUUCAAAUGUACAUCGUGCUGGGACAAGAUUAUUUUCUCGUGGAAUUGAUACUAAUGGUAAUGUUUCAAAUUAUGUUGAAACUGAGCAAUUAAUCGAAGUCAAUGGAGAUCGUAGUUCUUUCGUUCAAUCGAGGGGAUCAAUACCAUUAUUUUGGCAGCAAGAGCCAAAUCUCAAAUAUAAACCCAAACCACAACUAUGUUCUCAUGAAAAUCAUCAAAUUGCUGCUUCGAGACACUUAGAUGCACAAAUAUUUCAUUAUGGCAAACAAAUAUUAGUCAACCUGAUUGAUCAUCGUGGAGCAGAAAAUGUGCUUGAAAAAGAAUAUCGCGCAGUUGUAUCAAGAAUUGGCAAUCAGAAUGUACGUUAUGAGGCAUUUGAUUUUCACGCAGAGUGCAGGCACAUGCGCUGGAACUGUGAAGUUGUUCCUUUACCAGCGCUACCCGUUUACUAA